GGGUGGACGAACAUCUGUGCAGUGUCUUUUUACAGGCAUUGCCAUUGGGGGGGAGGGAAAGGUAUAGGCAGCUGGAGCAUUAUUGCCCCUUCCUUGGAUGUAAGAGACUACAGAUGAAAUGGACUGGCUUCCUUACAGAACAGCUGCUGUGCUGUUUAUUUUAAUGGUGUCCCUGGAUUUCAGCAUCAGUACUUUUCAUGUUGAGGUGAAAGAAUGGAAUGAAAACGGAAUGGAGAGAUGGAAAUCCUAUCGGAGGCAGAAACGGGAGUGGAUUAAGUUUGCUGCUGCCUGUAGGGAAGGAGAAGAUAAUUCAAAAAGAAACCCAAUUGCAAGAAUCCGAUCAGAUUGUGAAGAAACACAGCAAAUUAUAUAUAAAAUAAGUGGAGUAGGCAUUGAUCAACAUCCCGUGGGAGUAUUUGUCAUCAAUCAGAAGACUGGUGAAAUUAAUAUAACAAAAAUAGUAGAUCGAGAGGAGACUCCAAUGUUUGUGAUUCACUGUCAUGCUAUAAAUGUUAUGACUGGGAAAUCAGUAGAAACACCUCUUGAUCUUCGUGUCCGGGUUCUGGAUAUAAAUGACAAUCCACCAAUAUUUACACAACACAUGUUCUCAGGGUCAAUAGCAGAGAGCAGCAUGGAGACUACGUUUGUAAUGAAAAUAACUGCUACAGAUGCUGAUGAGCCAAAUAAUUUAAAUUCCAAAAUUGCCUACAAGAUUGAAAGCCAGAAUCCUGGAGGUCCAUUACUGUUUAUCUUGAACACAGAGAACGGAGAACUUCACAUUGCAAAAGCUCUUGAUAGAGAGGAACAAAGUCAAUAUACUCUGGUUGUGAAAGCCACAGACAGGAAUGGAGGGCCAUAUGGAAUAUCAUCAGAAUGUUUAUGUCAGGUUAAAGUUCAGGAUGUAAAUGAUAAUUUUCCUACUCUUUCACAAAGCUCGUUUUCAGUAUCAAUUCUAGAAAAUUCACUGAGUCAGGAGCUGCUGAGGAUACAAGUUUUUGAUGCAGAUCAAGAAUUUACAGAUAACUGGUUUGCAGAAUUUUACUUUAUCUCUGGAAAUGAGAACCACAACUUUGAGAUCACAAUAGACAGAACAACUAAUGAAGGUAUCCUGAAUGUGGUAAAGGAAAUUGAUUAUGAACAAUUUUCAUUAAUAAACCUUAAUAUUGGUGUGCGAAAUGUCGCUCCUUUCCACUCUUCUGUGGUUCAUCUUUAUCGAUCUCCUGCAACCCCAAUUGCCGUACAAAUAACUAAUGUACUUGAGGGACCAGCAUUUAGUCCAGCUUCACUGACGGUUACUGCAUCUGAGAGCUUAACAAGUGAAACUAUACUUACUUAUAAGGUUGGGACAUUCCAAGCCAUUGAUCAGGAUACUGGAAAAGUUGCUACAAAUAUCCGGUAUGAGAUGGGACGUGAUCCUGCUGCCUGGUUUCAAAUCAAUCCCCGAACUGCUGUCAUUACUUUUAAGAAAUCUAUCGAUCGAGAAUCAAUUUAUGUAGUCAAUGGGGUAUACACAGCAGAGGUACUUGCUGUUACUGUAGACAGCCCUUACACAACAGCCACUGGUACUAUUGUGCUUACUAUUCAAGAUGUCAAUGAUAACUGUCCUGUUGUGACUGAGGAGAUCAGGAGAGUUUGUAUGGACAAUCCAACAGUGGUGAUCACAGCUAAAGAUCUGGAUAGUUCUCCAUAUGGACCACCCUUUACAUUUAGCAUAGUGGCUCAGCCUGAAGGCAGCUCAUGGAGUAUCAGAAUAGUAAAUGAUACUUCUGCAGCUCUGUUUGCUAACACUAUAGAGUUCAUAAUUUAUGAAGUCCAAGUCAAAGUGACUGACAACAGUGGCAGAAGCUGUCAAAGGCCACUGGUAGUUCCUCUGCAAGCCUGUCAUUGUGAUCAUAAUAGAAUGUGUGUCAAUAUGGCCACUAGAAGAGUCAAAGUUAUAAUUGUUGGUUGGGGAGGAACGGGUACUGGAGGAAUGGUCGGUGGAGGAACAGGUGGUGGAGGAAUAGGUGGUGGAGGAACAGGUAGUGGAGGGGCAGGUGGUGGAGGAAUAGGUGGUGGAGGAACAGGUAGUGGAGGAACAGGUGGAGGAACAGGUGGCACUGGCUGGGGAACAGGUGACACUAGCUGGGGUGGAGGUGGAGGUGAAGGUGGUAAAGGUGAAGGUGGAGGUGGUAUUGACACUGGUGCUGGAGGUGGUGGUGGUACAGGUGGUACUGAUGACACGCAUGUCCAUGGUGGCAUUGGUGGACAUAGUAUUGACCUAGGAGGACCACGGCAACAAAGUGGAGAAACUUCUCUUAGUGCUGCUGCCAUUGGCCUGAUGUUUCUCGGAGGAUUAAUAUUUGUGUUGGUACCAAUUCUGAUGUCACAGAGCGAUUGUUGUGGUUAUCUUGGCUCUGGACAUGCUGGUGGAGUGGGAGCUGGAUUUGAGCCUGUGCCUGAAUGCACAGAAGGAGCUAUCCAUUCCUGGGGAAUUGAAGGAGCACAGCCUGAAGACCGGGAUGUUUCAAAUAUCUGUGCACCAGUAACUGCUGCAAGUAAAGGGGAGUUUGCAGACUCUUCAGAAAUCUACACAACUAAAUAUGGUGAUGGAGGAAUAGUGAGUUCAGGAGUUGAAGAAACAACAGGACUUGGAGCAGUAAAAGGCUAUGGAACUACAUUUGGUUAUGGGACAACUACAGGCUAUGGGACAACAGGACGGAGAGAGACAUUUGGAGGAAUAAAAGAAUACCGAGAAAGUGGUGUGAAUAUGGCUUUCCUAGACAGCUACUUCUCUGAGAAAGCAUUUGCCUAUGCUGAUGAAGAUGAAGGCAGACCAGCAAAUGACUGUCUCCUAAUAUAUGAUCAUGAGGGUAUAGGCACUCCUGUUGGUUCCAUUGGCUGUUGCAGUUUUAUUGGGGAUGAUCUGGAUGAUUCCUAUCUGGAUACGCUGGGUCCUAAGUUUAAGACCUUGGCAGAGAUCUGCUUGGGAAUAGAGAUUGAGCCCUUCCCAGAUGCCACUAUGCCUCUGCCCCACCCUGAUAUUGAGGUAAAUCUGCCACCACCUGGAACCACGAUUGUUGUUAACACAUCUUCAUCUAUGCCUCAACCUACUGCUGUUGGCGGUACAACGGUUGUUACAGAAAAUACCUACACAACUACUUCUAAUGUACAGCCUCCAAGGCCAAUACCUGAUCCUAUGCUCCAUGGUAAUGUAGUUGUGACAGAAACAUAUACUUCAGGACCAACAGUGAAACCCCCCCCAAUUAAUGUUGAUUCUCUGGGUGGAUCAAACGUUGUGGUCAGAGAAAGAGUGCUUGCUCCUGCCACAGUCACUGGUUUGCAUGGCAUGAUAGCUAUCCCCGAGCUACCAGAUGGGUCAAAUGUUGUGGUCACAGAAAGGGUAAUUGCUCCUAAUUCAAGGUUACCUGCUUCUUUGAGCAUUCCCAAUCUGGCAGAGGGGUCAAAUGUAGUUGUGACCGAAAGAGUGAUUCGACCUGCUGGCAGCUUGCAUGGCAACGUGACCAUCCCUUCUGACCUACCAAGUGCACGUAACGUGGUUGUAACAGAAAGAGUUUUGUCUGGAGCAGGAGUGAGUGGUGGCGCUGGGAGUCUAAGUAGUGCUCCUAAUCCACUGUUGGCUUCUGAUAAUCUUCUUAGUCAGACAAUCGGAUCUGCUUCCCCUGGUACAACUCGAAGAAGGGUAACAAAAUACAGCACUAUACAGUAUUCUAAUCAAUAAAGACCACUUGCAGCUACAUGUUCUUGCAAAACUCCCCCCUUUUUUUAGAUUUGCUGCUAAAUAAUGUUUUUAUUAUUUAUAGAUAGCAAAUCAAAAAUCAAAG